GCGCGUCGGCGUCACUUCCGGCUGGGCAAAGGCUUGAUCUGCGCAGGCGCCUAGCUGGGUUCUUUCUUUCCGCCGCCGCCGCCAUCAUGGGUCGCAUGCACGCUCCCGGGAAGGGCCUGUCCCAGUCAGCCUUGCCCUACAGGAGAAGCGUCCCCACAUGGCUGAAGCUUACUUCUGAUGAUGUUAAAGAACAGAUCUACAAACUGGCAAAGAAGGGCCUGACUCCCUCACAAAUUGGUGUAAUACUGAGAGACUCCCAUGGUGUUGCCCAAGUUCGUUUUGUGACUGGCAACAAAAUUCUCCGGAUUCUUAAAUCCAAGGGUCUUGCUCCUGAUCUUCCAGAAGACCUUUAUCACUUAAUCAAGAAAGCUGUGGCUGUCCGUAAGCAUCUUGAGAGAAAUCGUAAGGAUAAAGAUGCCAAGUUCCGCCUUAUUUUGAUUGAGAGCAGAAUUCACAGGCUGGCUCGUUACUACAAGACCAAGAGAGUACUCCCACCUAAUUGGAAGUAUGAAUCAUCUACAGCAUCUGCUCUGGUUGCAUAAGAGCUCUUGUAUUCAUCGAUGGAAUCAUUUGCAUUUUUUCUCUGCCAUGCCUACUUCAAAGAACGUUCCUUAAGCUGGUAGAAUAAGAUGUCAUCUUGACCAUACCAAUAAAAGUCUCUGAUUUUUUCCCA